GAAGCAGCUAAAAUGGUUCAACCCUCUUCUAGAAGAGAAGGGUUCUCUGCUGUUUCCGAAUGUAAAAUGGGAAGAUGUUGGAGGUCUUGAGUUCUUGAGGCAGGAGUUUGACCGAUACAUUGUUAGGCGCAUAAAGUUUCCAGAAGAUUAUGAG